AUGAAACCUCUUUUCCUGUUUCUUGCCAUCCUUCUGGCCACAGAACCAGUGGUGUCAGAAUGUUGGAUGGAUGGACACUGCCGGUUGGUGUGCAAUGAUGAUGAAGAUAGCGUCAUACGCUGCCGGAAUCGUAAACGGUGCUGUGUCCCUAGUCGUUAUUUAACAAUUCAACCAGUAAGAGUUGAUUGA